CGUGACAUAGAAUAUAGAGACUUUCGUAGAGCAAUGUCAUGUUGAAUUAGCAAAUUUGGGAUUAUUUCAUAAGAUGGAGACCAGAGAGGAGGCUUUAGGAUUCAGGCCUCAAAAGGAUAAAAUCUACAAUAAGUUUUUACCGUAUGCGGAGAAUAUAGACGACGAAUCUAAUGCAGCCUUAGCAGAAAUCAAAGGAAAUCUGACAAAGGCCGUUCUGCUAAGAGACGUGAAAGUAGGGGCUACUUUUUGGGUUGGACAGCUCACCAGAUACAUCCGUUUGUAUGGAAUGAAAUUCUCCAAAGAUGAUCAUAUUCUGUUUAUCAAGCUGUUGUUUGAACUGACAACCAUUCCAGACCUAGAGCUUUCAUUAGUUCCAAAGUUUGCAACCCAGCUUGUUGCCUUGCUGAAAAAACAAAAACUGUUGACACGUGAAGAUUUAGAAUUGCCAUGGAAACCUAUUUAUCAGCUGGUAGAAAAUGUAGCUUACUCCCCAUAUGAACAUCAUGGAUUGCAGUUGUUUCCACAAAAUAUGGAGCAUGAUUUGAAGAACCUUGUUAACUACUGUAGGACUUAUUUCCCAGUCUCAGCCACUCAGGAAAUGCUGGAUGAAUGGCGACCACUUCUCUGUCCAUUUGACGUGACCAACAUAAAGGCCAUUCACUACUUUGAAUAUUUCUUGCCAACCGAUCUACUUCCUGAAAACCAUGAUAAAGGAUUCAAGUUGUGGCUGGACGAGUUUCUAAACAUGUGGCACUCUUACCAGAACGCACCAACAUGGGAGGCAGGUUUGGUAAGGUUGUUUGCACGACUGGCACACGACACCAUCGGCUACAUUGACUGGUCUCCACAUGUUUCCAUGGUUUUUAAUCGCUUCAUGAGGAGUUUCAAUCUGCCAGUGGGUAUGCAGAAAGUACAAGUAGGUCGCUCUAACAAUACAUAUGACAUUGGUGCCACCGUAACCUGGAUAGUGUCCAUGAUGGGUGGACCCAAUGGUAGCUUGGUACAGGAUCACAUUGACAGCUUCUUCAAGGCUCUGCAGUCAUUUUUUCACCCAUCAAAUCUUGGAAAGUGGAAUAUUAAGCUGAGUGGUCUUUUGAUGAAUUUUCCCAAACUGGUUGUAAAGAGAAUACACAGAGAAAGAUACAAGAAGAAGGACUGGCUAACAGAGAUUCCUCCGGACUUUAAACUGAAGGAUUCAGAGAUCACUAGAUUUGUAAAGAGCAUGCAGCCUGUGGUGUCCGUGUCAAUGUUCAGUAAAUACGGCAGUCAUGAUUCAGCGGUGGCAUUGAGACACCUGUCUAACAUGAGGCCUGAGCUCAUCAUUCCAGAUUUAUUAGAGAAGAUGUAUCCAGCUAUGGAGAAUCUGAUUGAGCCGCACCGCCUGAUCGCCUGUAUGAACUGUGUGGUGGCGGUGUCCCGCUCAAUGCUGAGUGCCAGAAAAUGGUAUCCUGAGGGCCGUUCCCAUGUCCUCCCUCUUCUGAACCUCGCUCUUCCAGGAAUCGACCCCAAUGACUUCAAAAAGUGCCUGGUCACCUUCCAGAUGAUUUCUACUUUUGUGGCGCAGGUUCCCAUUGUUGACUGCUCAGAAGCUGUAUUCAUCAGGGAUGACCUCUCUGAAGAGGAGAAAGAGUUAUGUUCAGCCACAGCUCAGUUUGAGGACUUUGUACUGCUUUUCUUGGACAGAGUGUUUGCCCUGAUUGAGAACAGCACCCAGGAACACACUCACGGUGAUCCGACUCGACUAAACCCAGAACAAACCAUGAUGGAGGUAGCACUGUCCUCCACAUUCACCUCUGUGCUUCUCCAAUGUUCCACGCCUAUAUAUGAGUCGGCUCUGUCACGUUUAUACAACUUUAUCACCACCAGUGUGUAUGAAACCAAUGUUGGGGGAAGAUUUGCAGCAAAUCUCUGCAGGGCAGCAGCUAAGGCAAAUCCAAAAAGAGCAGUGGAAAAAUUUUUACCUCCAUUUUGUAAAAAGAUUAAAGAUCUAAUGGCUGAACAUGAAGAAUACAAAACAGAAGAGCAUCUUGAUGAUGGAUUUUUGUGGAAUCUUCUCAUGCUGUCACAGCUUGUCAGAUGUAAUGGUGAAGCUCUACUGCCAUACAAGGAUCAGCUGUUAGAAGUACUACAGAUGACCCUCCACCUGAAGUGUGUCCAGGGAUAUGAACUAUCCUGUCAGCUGAUGAGGUACACACUAAGGGCCUUAACUCUGCACUUCCCUCUGGACUAUAGGAGUGUGGCGGGGUCUUUUGACAGACCCGUGUCAGAGUACCUGGCUAUCAAUGACUGGGCUAUACCUGGUGAUAUGGACGACUUGGGCAUGAAGUGGCAUGUUCCUUCAGCAGAUGAAAUUGAAUUUGCACAGUCUCUGAUGGACCAUAUACUACAGCCAGAAUUAGAGAAAAUCAUGUCCUUAUCAUCAUCAACUCAAAUUGACAAAGAGGAGUUGUUGCGGAGACUAAGCAUUAUACUGGAGUGCCUGCUAGGGGCAGGGGCAGCACUUCCUGUCUGGAAAUCAACCUCUGUUGAUCUGUCCAGUCUGAAUGUGAAAACACAAGUUCCUUUGGAUCGAUUUCGAGUUUCAUCUGUAAAAGAAUCAAUAGAAAUUCAAUAUAAAGGUGCUAACUUAAGACUGGAGGUCAUGAAAGCCAUGAAACAUUUGCUGAACUACCUGAUGGAGUGCACAGAGGAUGACACAAAGAGCUUGUCCAAACUUAUCAAGAUCUAUGAGACUAUCUUGUUUUUCUAUGGUGCUAGUAAACAGGACUUUGAUGCUCGAUGGAAGAGUUUACACUCAGUUAAAGAUGCCCUAGAGGAUAAGAUGCGGGAUAGAAGGAAACACAUCCGAGCCUUAUUAGUAGACAGAGUUGUUCUACAACAAGAGAUGAGGAUGCUGUAUGGUCUCUCUGGCUACACGGACCAUCACCAGGAUAUUCUGUGUGACCUUUAUAACUUGGCUGUCAGUAAAUAUGCUGAGGUGAGGAAGAAGGGUCAGGCCGUUCUGAUGCAGUGUUUUCUGAACUUUCCCUACUGCUACCGGUGCCUGCUGGACAGGAUCUCAGACAGCCUCAUACAAAAAGAAACUCCCGAAAAACAGUUCAAGGGAGUAUUGUAUGUUGUCCUUGGCAGUGGUAAGAGGUGUUUGGCGACCAAGAGAAGUUGGGAGGUGAUUUGUCAGUUAUGGCCGGCUAUUGUGCAGGCCCAGCAAUCGGAGAAGCCGUCAAUUUUACGGGUAGUGGAUGACAUCAUAGCAAAAGUCAGCAAGAAUCUAGAAAGUCCAGGAAUUGAAAUCAAAGUAACCUCCAGCUGUUUGGAUGCAGCCCAGAAGUUACUGUCCUCUGGUGUUCCUGUAUCAAACCCCAACACACUGACUGAGGGAGCCGACCUGCGGGGAGAGGAGUUCCAGAAGGAGUCCAAUGAGGCCAACAGCAGGAUGUAUGUAAAAAUUGUAGAAGACCUUGUAGCAUUAGUGAAAGGUGGAACAUUGAUGUGGAAGUUCAGUCAGUACGCUGUAGAACUGUUAACACUCUUACUGCGACAUGAUGUACCCACACCUCCUGUAGCUGUGGAGCUUUUUGUGUCCAACCUCAUACAUGACUCCUUAUACAUCAGAAAGCUGUCAACGGCCUCGGUAUCAGCCAUUCUGAAGCAACAGAAAAGAAAACACAAGAAGGUGGUGGUGGACCCCUACAGGAGUGCCCCACCCCCUCCCGCUGGGACCUUCCUCCCUGGGAAUCGUCCGGAUAAUGAUUGGAUCAUGUACGACUCCAGCCGGCUUCCGGACAAUCAGGAGAAAUGGGAGGCCAUGGAAUUCGUGGACAAAACUCACUGGGGAUACUACUGCUGGCCAAAAGAAAUGAAAAUUUACGCCCAGUAUUCGGAGCAGCCAAAAUUAGAUCGUGUAGAAUCAGAACUAUUAGAUAUAGAAAAACCUAUUUAUGUGAAAUUGAGUGACUCUGAGUUUGUGAAAAAGUUUAUAGAAGUGCUUAGUUUAGAGGAGCAUAAAGGAAGAGAUAAAUUCAGGAAUAAACAUCUAACCUUAUUCAAGGGUCUGUUUAGGAAUUAUGGUGACACGUUCCUCCCCCACUUCAGAUCCCACAUUGUGGAGCUGCUGUCGGACAGGAGCCACGAACACCACGAGAGUAAACAGAGGUGUGGCAUGGAGAUCUUAGCGGGGGUCAUACGUGGCUCCAAACACUGGCCUUAUGAGAAGGUGAAUGCCCUUUGGGACUGGGUAAUCCCCAUUUUGAGAACCUCUUUAGAUAACAUUACCAGUGAGACUCUGAAGGACUGGGGCACGUUCUUCACGGUCGUGUCUGAGAGUCGUGAUCCCAGAAGACUGUAUCGAUUCUUCGAGAUGCUAAUGGAUAAACCAAUCAGGGAGGGAUCAUCCUCUUUUGAGGACUCCAGCCGUCUUUUUGCUGUGCAGAAUGCUUUAGUACAACAGGAAUGGAGAGUUCCAGAAAUCCUCCAUCGUCUGUUAGAAUUCCUGACACCGUACCUCUCCCACAGGUACAAGAAUGUCAGGGACAGAAUUGGGAGCCUGCUGUCCAACAUUAUGCUGUAUGACUACAGCAUCACGGCGGGUUCCUCCACCAAAUCUCCACAUAGAGUGGACUUUGUCCAAAAGGUUAUUCCACGGCUGGAACCGCUCAAAGACCUGGUGCUAUCAGACAAUGGGAAUAAUGGCAGCUCAAAGGAUGAGGAGAACCACAGAGAGAUGUCUUCCUCCUCAGAGAAAAUGGAAGUGGAGGAUGAUGAGGGUGAAGAGAGGAAGACAACAAUAAGGCUGUGUAAAACAGUGCUGAAGUGGAUAUCUGACGGUCUAGGUAGAAUGUUUACCUCAACUACACCAGAGCUUUUCCUUUUUCUUCCAGUUAUUUGUACAUUAGAGAGCGAGACUAAGGAUGAGGAGCUGAAGACUGACUGUUCUAUGGCCUUGGCCUGCUUCUCUCAGGCUCUGAUUCAGGAGAACAAUGUUACUGUGUGUCUGGAGACUAUCAGAGAGGUGAUGGGACUGAAGUCAUGGCAUUCCCGUGUGGCAAUUCUUGGCUACAUCCAGGUUAUGGUGUUCUGUAACCUAUUUACUAUGAUCCAGUCAAAGUACAAAAAGGAAAUCCAGAACUUUAUACUGCAUCUCAUCUGUGAUGACCAAGUAGAGGUGAGGGAAAUGGCAGCCAUAACAUUGAGUGGAUUAGUACACUGUGGAUUUCUAGACAUGGACAAAGACAUGCUGGAACACUUUGAAGUCCUUAGUAAGAACAAGGUGAAGAAGCGUAAGUUAGCCGACUCAAUGCCUCUGGAGGCCCUAAUAAAGCGUCACGCUGGUGUCCUGGGUCUCAGUGCUCUGGUGGAAGCUUAUCCUUACAAUGUACCCGAGUUCAUGCCACAGAUCUUAAUGGACCUGAGUAACCAUGUAAAUGAUCCUCAACCAAUUCAGAUGACGGUGAAGAAAACCCUAUCAAACUUCCGUAGAACACACCACGACAAUUGGCACGAUCAUAAACAAAUGUUUACAGACGAUCAGCUUGUCAUAUUAACUGAUAUUCUAGUGUCCCCUACUUACUAUGCUUGAUGACGGAUCAUCGUUCUAGAAAAUUUAAAUAUCAAGGUGUAAGGACCUAUCCAUGAACAGUUCAGCCAUGGCAGAGCAGACCGGAGUUAUCUCCCCACUGAUAGGGUCCCAAAAGUGAACAGUGCCAUCUCAUCCCAAUUCACAGAUUUCUUCAUAUUAAGGGACAUGUACAAUGCUGAUUUUACAAUUCCUCUUCCCAUUUAGUUCAAGUAUUUCAGUUAUGUAUAAGACGUUUUUCAUAUUUUAAUGUACAUGUAUGUCAUGAUUGAAAUAUUUAUUUGCAUUCUAUUAAGGUAAUCAAGUAAACAUAUGAAGUUUUAUGGACAAAGCUUGAAUGUUAGUGCAUGUCUUGUUGGUUUAUGGGAAAUAACUUAGAUAAUGUUUUCAAGAUUGCUGACAAAGGGAGAUUUUUUAUGUACAUUGUUUAAAAUCUGUGUUUUACCAUAAAGGUUCCCCACAUAAAUGUAGCCAACUAUUGAUUGAUUGAUACUACCUGAAGCAACUGAAAUGUUAUGUAAAAGUUACAUGUAUUUUCAGAAAUAGUAUGAUGUUAUAAGACUAAACGUUUAGAAAUAUUUUAUGUGUACAGUCAAGGAUGCAGUGCCAAAGUCAUAAGUCAUUUGAUGAAAGGCAUUAACUUUAUGUACAAUAUACUAUAAGAGAAAGUGUAUUAAAAUAAUUCUUAUAGUAACGUGUGUAUUUUAAUUAACUUUAGGGUGUAAAACUGUAAAUUCUAGUACAGUAGUGUGUAAUUUUCAUCCUUCAUGAGGGUAAAUAUGAAUUUAGUUGUAUGAAACAUUGCAUUUAAUUAUUCAAUAUAGUAUUUCAUUGUAUCAGAAUGCACAUUUAAAAGUGCAAAAAAGACUUAACAAAUUGGUAAAGUUUUCUUAGGAAAUUUUGAAUAAACAGAUAUACAUAUAUGUAGUGAGACCAGAUGUUGGUUAGUGUAGCGAUAAAAAGGUAGAGACAGGCUAAAAUAUCCCAAAUAUUGAACAUCACAUUUCAUGUACCUAUAUUAAAGUGGACUGUGAAUUGUGUAAUAAUCCAUGGGGUUUUCAUUUAAGCUAUCCCUGAUGUGAUACAAUUAGUUUGCAAUUAUAUCAUUAAAAAAUUAUUUUACCAUAAUGAUGAGAAUCCUUGUCAUGCUUUCAUUUAUGGAAAAAAAUGGAUUUGAAUAAAAAUUAUGCUUUCAUGAA